AUGGAUAUCCCAGAAAUUUACAAAACCAACCUUGAAAAGGAGUUUGAGGCAGAUUAGUAACAAGAACUCAUAGUCUAGCAAGAGGAGGAAGAUUAAAUAGAGCACUCACUCCUGGAAAGAGUUCAGCAGAUCCCCUCAUCUCAGAGAAUCUUAACUGUCAAAAACUACCUGGACUAUGUCUGCGACGACUUCUCAGCUGAAUAUGAGGAUCAAAGAAAAGCCUUAGCCAUUAAUCUACCUAUCAACACAAUCACACCGAGCGAGCUUGAUGGUCUAUCUCUUUAGGAUGAAAGAAGAUUUAGGAUCUAUGGUUGCGAACUAAUUCAAGAUGCUGGAAUACUGCUCAAGUUGCCUCAAGUCACAAUGGCUACUGCCUAGGCUAUUUUGCAUAGAUUUUACUAUAGAAAAUCCUUUAUCAAAUGUGAGAUUCAAACAGUAGCUACGGCUUCACUGUUUCUAGCAGCUAAGAUAGAGGAGAAUGCUCGUAAGCUAAAGGAUGUAGUCUCUAUCUUUGACUAUGUAUACAAGAUGAGAAAGCUUAAGACCAGGCCAGUCCCUUUGCUUGAUAUCAAUUCAUUCUAGUAUACAGACCUAAAGAAAGAAAUUGUUGAUGCUGAGAGAUUCAUCCUUAAAGAAUUGGGCUUCUCAACUGACAAAAUCUCAACUUUAAAUGUACACAAGUACAUCUACUUCUACUUGAAGGUACUCAAUGGAAGCAAGCAGCUAGCUUAGAAGGCUUGGAACUAUGUCAAUGACUGCUAUAGAACUAUAGUAGUUGUAUGUUUCCCUCCAAAUGUUGUUGCAAGUAGUGCGAUAUAUCUAGCAGCUAAGAUGAUGAACUAUCCACUACCUCAGAAUCUCGAAUGGUGGAAGAUAUUUGGAGUUAAGUUCGAAGACAUUGAAUACGUAGUUGCAAGCAUCCUCGAGCUUUAUGAAGUUCAUACUAAUGAUACUAUUUCUACCCUGUAUGUUGAAGGAGUAAUCAAGGGGAUCUAAGAUGCUCAAAAAGCAGCGCGUGAGCAGCAUAUCAAAUAGCUAAAAGAAGAAGGCAAGUAUGAAAAGCAAACUAAAUGGGCACCUGUAGCUGGGUAAAAAUAAGUUGAGUCCUAGGCUAAAGAAGUUUUAAUGGAUGAAUAAGAUGAUUAAGAAGAAGUAAAAGCUAUUGAAAGCAAAUAGCCUUCAAAUGUUAGACAAACAGAAUCAUUAAAGGAAAAAAAUGGGGACAAAAGAGAAAGGAAAUCGACAAGUAGGAAUCGUAGAGAGCGUAGUAGGGAUAGAUAACAAGUUAGGAAAUAGGACUACAAUAGAAAUGAUAGGAAUGAUAGAGACAGAGAUAGAAGAAGAGAUAAUCAUGACGACUAUGAUAGAAGAGGUAAUCGAAGCCAUGGUCACAAGAAAAGUAGUCAUCAUCAUACUAGCAGAAGACAUAGAAGAGACGAUAGCAGUAGAAGUUCAAGCUACGAAAGAAGACAUCGUGACAAAAAGAGAAGAGAAGGCAAAUCGAGAUCUAAAGAUAGGAAAAGUAGAAGAGAUGAUAGAGAUAGAAAAAGAUCUAGAAGUUAUAGAUCUUCCAGAAGCAGCAGUAUUGAUAGCAGAUGA